UCUAACCUUCAAUUUAAUAGAAAGGGUUCUUUUGUGUUCUUUCUCUCUUGAUUAAAGUUCAUUUCUUUUUUGUAAUAUCCAUGUUCGUCUUUACUGCUCGUUUUUAAUCUCUUCCUAUUUGAUGAUUUCUUCAACGGGGGGUUUUGGGGUGUUAUGUUAAGCACUUCCAUUUAUUUACUUACAUUCUUUAUUGGAAUUUCUGCAUUCAAUCUUAUGCCGUUUUUGCAUUUAUUGUUGUUGUGCCUGUAUUUGUCCCUACUCUAAUUUUGUAUAAGUGCGUAUUUAUUUCAUUUUGAGCCUUUUGAUUUAUAUGUUAUGUGGAUAUGAAAACCAAAUAAACGGAGAAGCCUCUGUCAAUAAGAUAAUUAAAAAUCCUAUCAUGGAGUAGUAUAUUUACAAAAAUUUUGUAUACAAAAUAAGACAUAUAUAUACACAUACCAUAGGGAAGCCUUAAUUUUUUGGGGGGCCCGAGGCAACCGUCAAUUAGUCCAAGGAAGAACCACCAUGAUGCUUUGCUGAGUCUGCUGUUCAUAUAAAUGUUUCAUUCUAUAAGGUCUCAUAAAUGACUAGCACAUCUUCACAUGAUCAAUUUGCUCAUAGAAAGUGUGUCCAGAGAUGGUGCAACAAAAAAGGCGACAUCACCUGUGAAAUCUGCAAUCAGGUUUUUUCACCAAAUUAUAUUUGUCCACCCCCAAGAGGCAAUGCUGAUGUUAUGACUAUUGAUAUCAGACAAGCAUGGGAAGCUCAUGUUGAUCUUCACCACACUCAGUUAUUGGCCUUCACAGAAGCCGGGCAUCAGCUUUUGCAGUCAGAGUAUAACGACUAUGGCAUGGAAAACCGUAGGAUUCUUAUAUGCUUCCGCUCUGCUGUUAUCAUUCUGAUGCUGCUCUUGGUGAUACACCAAACUUUGAUGGUUAAAUUAGAUAUUGGGAUGCCACUGGGAUCAUCAGUUUUCUUCCAUUAUCUGAUUUCCAUUCUUCAGCUGGCUGGUUUUCUUCUUCCUUGCUACAUCGUGGCCCAUUCAUGGUAUAUUGUACAAUACCGAAGGGGAAGGCAGGGAUGAGCUGAAUGGCUGACUCUAAAGGUAUGUCGAGGCGGCCGAUGUAUUUAUAGCCGAGCUAUUCUUCUUCUUCAAGUCUCUAGCUGCUUGCCUAAGCUAAGCUUAAUCUCAUAUUGAAAAGGUUUAACAUUGAAUUAUUUGAAUUUUGCUGCUGUUGCAAGGCAUGGUAGAAUUAGGCAUAUGUUUGAUGUUGUUAGUCUAUCUAGGAACUCAAAAAUGCAAUUGUAAAUGAGAUUUCCUUGAGUUCACUAGGUCCUCAAAUAAAUAUCUCCCGAGAUGAUUUAAUUGGUUAGGACUUAGGAGUGGACAAUUUCGUAAUUAAAAUAGUCUUUUCUUCUA